AUGGACUCAAUUCAAAAGCUUGCCCAACGUAGAAUUUUGGACCCAAAUCACGAGCUUGCCCAAGUUCAAUCCAGUCGCCAAAAAGACCCGUUUAUCAUGCAUCCUUGCUGGAGAAUUGCCCACCGGAUCCUAUCCACAUCUAUCUUUGCUCGUCACGAGCCGGGACAAAUCAACACCGUUGAGUUGUAUUUUCUCUAUUGCAUGUCGCGCCACCGUUGGUCUUUGCCCGAUUUUGCCACCUUCUUUUUAGACAAAUGUGAUAGCCUCAGGACGAAGACCACUGGUGACAUUUGUAUUGGAGGUCUCAUUACCCUCAUUGGUUUGGGUAUGGGCCUUCAAUUUCCAGCAUCUGAAUAUGUACCAGUGGAUGAUCCACCUCUUUACCUUCUCGAUUGCAUUACUCUCAUGCGGAUGGAAUUAAUUCUACCUCAUCCUAAUCUUCUUGGACAUUUCUCUUGGCUAAACCAUGUCAAGGACCCAAUUUACAUCUUACCCAAUCCAAGUCUCUCCACCUUCACCACCAAUGACCCCGAAACAUGGUUUUUGCCUCAAGACUUGCCAGACGAUGAUGAUGCAGCAGCCGCGGAUGAUGACAUGCAGGUGGAUCCUGACAAUGCUGAUAGCCCAUUCGAGGCUGAAGACCAUUAUGAUCUUCCAAUCCGUCAGCUACCUCCACCUCAUCCAGCUCAAGCUUCCGGGUCACACUUUCAGCCCUCGCGAGAACACUUCCAGCCACAGUAUGACUACCACUCACACCAGCAACCCAAUGAGCCCGACCCUGCACACGAAUUUCCUCUCGAUAUUUACAGCCAGUUUGCUUCCUUGUGCCUUCAAGGCAAUAGAAACACCGCAUCCAUCCAUCGCAUAGAGGAACAACAAGCACGCACCCACACUUACAUGGAGGACCUAUGGUAUCAUUUUCGGCCCGAGGACGGUUAUCCUCCUCGUGGGCCUCCUCCAUCUUGA